CGCCCCGCCCCCGGAGCCGCGGCCUCGCAGAGUGCCCAACCGCCCCGCGCCUAGGCCUGGGGCAGCGCGAGCGCCGAACCUCCCGCUGGACACCAAGAUGCCUGGCGAACAGCAGGCAGAGGAGGAGGAGGAGGAAGAGAUGCAGGAGGAGAUGGUGCUGCUGGUGAAGGGUGAGGAGGAGGAGGGUGAGGAGAAGUAUGAGGUGGUGAAACUCAAGAUCCCCAUGGACAACAAGGAGGUUCCCAGCGAGGUGCAAGUGCCAGUGCCAGCGCCAGCGCCGUCUGCCGACCCGGCGCGCCCCCACGCGUGCCCGGAUUGCGGCCGCGCCUUUGCGCGCCGCUCCACGCUGGCCAAGCACGCACGCACGCACACGGGCGAGCGGCCCUUUGCGUGCACCGAGUGCGGCCGGCGUUUCUCUCAGAAGUCAGCGCUGACCAAACACGGCCGCACUCACACAGGCGAGCGGCCUUACGAAUGCCCAGAAUGCGACAAGCGCUUCUCUGCCGCCUCGAACCUGCGGCAGCACCGUCGGCGUCAUACUGGCGAGAAGCCGUACGCAUGCGCACAUUGCGGCCGUCGUUUCGCGCAGAGUUCCAACUAUGCACAGCAUCUGCGCGUGCACACGGGCGAGAAGCCGUACGCGUGCCCGGACUGCGGACGAGCUUUUGGCGGAAGUUCGUGCCUGGCGCGCCACCGACGCACGCACACGGGCGAGCGGCCUUACGCAUGCGCCGACUGCGGCACGCGCUUUGCGCAGAGUUCAGCACUGGCCAAGCACCGGCGCGUGCACACUGGCGAGAAGCCGCACCGCUGUGCUGUGUGCGGACGGCGCUUCGGCCAUCGCUCCAAUCUGGCAGAGCAUGCGCGCACGCACACAGGCGAGAGGCCCUAUCCGUGCACGGAGUGCGGCCGCCGCUUCCGCCUCAGCUCGCAUUUCAUCCGCCACCGUCGCGCGCACAUGCGGCGCCGCCUGUUUAUCUGCGCCGGCUGUGGCCGGGACUUCAAGCUACCCGCGGGCGCCACCGCCGCCAAUGCCACCGAGCGCUGCCCAGAGUGCGAGGGCAGCUGAGCCAGCGUGGGGUUGGAAGCGUCCGAGUGGGGAGGGCCACUUGGAACUUCAACCUGGCUGCGUAAACCUGGAUGGCUCCUCCCCGGCAGCCGGGUCUGGGAGACAAGGAACGUACCCUACCAGGAUCCCUCGAAAUGGUGCCCACCUCCCCCUCACUACAUCCCCUUGGCCCGUGUUAGUGAAUAAAGUAUUAUAUCUUCACUCCA